GUUCAACGUUUAUCGUCAUAUGAAUUUAUUAUGCACAAUCUGAUUCAGCCGCCAUUAUUGUCUGAAAAAUAUCAGCAGGGUUAUUGAAAUCUGCCAUCACAGGAGGAUGUAAGAAUCAUCAUUCUAUUGUUUGUGAUUUUGAACUCGGGUAAAAGCAAUUUCAACAAAGCUUAUUUAUUCAACUUUCUUUCUUGUCCACACUCACAGAAUAUCUUCAGAUUCAAUGAACUCUGAUGCAAUCACCAUUGCUAAAAAGUAAACAGUUGAUGAAUUGUCAUCGCCUUGAUGUUGAACCUUUUUACUUUUUAAUCACAAUUUCUUUGUGGGUACUCAUUUUAUUGAUCACAUCACUCUUACACAAUAAUCGGUAGCUUACAGUUUCAUGUCUCUUUAAACCUUCAAAUUCUGUCUUCAAUGUCCGCAGCUUGAAAACUUUGACUUGAUCACUGCUUUGAGAAGCAGUUUAAUGUCUCUGGCUGUUUUUGCACAUGCAAUUCUAGAAAUAGGCUCUCAUCUAGAGCUGUUUGAAUAUGAAAUAAGGCUAAAGAGUUAAAGUUUGACAUGGUCAACUGUUAGAGAUCUUGAUCACAAAAUAAAGAACUUUUCUAAUACCAAAUAAAGAUUUAUCGUUAUACCAAAACCAGCAAUUAAUGAAUUUCAAUUCAAAAUUUGAAUGAUAAUAAACCCACGAGAUCAAUUCUCAGAAAUACAGAGUCAGUCCAACAUGUUCUUUUGAAGGUCAAAGGCAAUUUGGGCAAACCUUGUUCAUAUAAUUCCCCUUCUUGUCCACUCACAGAAUAUCUUCAGGGUUGUUGAAAUCAUCACGGAAGGAGGUCCACAGUUCGAUUCUCAUCAUGUCCAAUAGAAUCGUUUCCUUCAUGCUCAUCUGCGCUAUACUCUCAGGCUUGACAGCUUACAAAGUUUACCGAGAGACAUUUUCAUGGUUCCAGCCAGAAAAUACUUCCCUGCGCUUUCAGUAUGCUGGUGUGCACAAUGUUUUAUUAUACGGCAAGGAACCGCUUCAAAGACGAUCUUCCUCGGAUGAGAGAUUGAACAUAGAAAAUCUUGUCCUUCUUCCAGAAAACCAGUUGCUUUUGUUGACGCGCUUGCCCUUUAUGCUGUCUCCAAAAUCCGAUCUUGAAUGUGUUUUUACCGGUGGAAUUGCUACUCAAGUGAUUGGAAUCGACUACUUUGACGGACGAGAUGCAGUCCGAUGUGGAGUACCUUUUUCUCUUCCUCCUCUUCCUCUGGAUGUUGUGUUGAAAGAUCACAGAAAUCUUUUCAGUCUGCAAAUGACGGAGUCCCGGCCACUGAAAUGGGAGCUCAUGGUUUACGAGAGCAUCGUGACGGAAAAAGACGUGAUCUUGUUCGCCAAAGGAAUUAAUCCAAGGCAGGGCAUGAACACUCCACCGGGAAAUCUUCACUGCGUCUUUAACAACGCAGUACAGACAGCCGUCACAGUUUCCGUUCAAGAGAUCUUCAGAUGCGCUCAUCCGCCAAAGCACCUCCGGUCUAAACUUUCCGGCGCUCAAAUCAGUCUCAAAUCCUCAGCUUUGCAGAUGCCCUCGGUGGCGAAUUAUAACCCUAAUCGCCUGGUUCGUAAAACAGGGGAAACAAAAAAUGCAAAGAAGUUCCUUUGCGCCUGCACAAUGGUCUUCAAUGCGGCAAAAUUCAUGAAAGAGUGGAUUAUUUACCAUUCCUAUCUCGGAGUCGAGGAAUUCUUCAUCUACGACAACAACAGCGAGGACAAUUUAGAAGAAGUGAUAAAUUCUCUGACCGGAUACUCCGUCAGCCGGCGUCCAUGGCCAUGGGUGAAGACUCAGGAAGCCGGAUUUGCGCACUGUGCUUUAAAGGCUGCAGAUAAAUGCGAGUGGAUGAUGUUCACAGAUGUCGAUGAAUUCGUAUUCUCUCACGGAUGGUCCGAUCAUGAAUCUCGCAACGCUCUUCAAAUUUUGCUUGUUAAUAAAACGCGGGAAUCCAAUUCAACCCUAGGGCAAGUUUCCGUCAAUUGCCGGAACUUUGGUCCGUCGAAUCAAACAGAGCACCCUGCGGCAGGGGUGACUCAGGGUUAUACCUGCAGACAACGCGCAGAGCAGCGGCACAAAUCAAUUGUGCUUUUGGAAGCUUUAUCUGCGUCUUUAAUGAAUGUUAUCCAUCAUUUUGAGCUCAAGGACGGCUACAAAAGUGUAGCUUUGAAAUCCUCAGAAAUGGUGAUAAACCAUUAUAAAUACCAGGCAUGGAGUGAAUUCAAGGCAAAGUUCAGAAGAAGAGUGUCUGCAUAUGUGGCGGAUUGGAAAGAAGAGAAGAAUCCGGCGUCUCAAGAUAGAGCUCCUGGUCUAGGUUAUCAGGCCGUUAAGCCGCCAUUGUGGGAGAAAAAGUUCUGUGAGGUGAAUGAUACUUCAUUGCUACAGUUUGCAGCGAAGGUAUUUUCGGUCAAAUCUGGAUCGCUUUCAUUAUUGCAGUGGCAGUUAUAGCAAGAACUAAAUUAAUGGAAGAUAUUGCUACCUUUGUGUAAUAUAUGAUGGGAUUCAAAGCUUUCUGAGAACGACAUAUCCAGAGCUUGUGCUUCUGCCACCAUUCAAAUGCUUUCCUUUUAUGGGAAAAUUUCACGUUAUUUUGCCUUUCAUGGCGAUACCUGUAUGUAUCUCUGUCUUUAAUGGCGAUACCUGUAAAUCGACAGGCCUUACAUUUCUACAGGAAUUUUUUGGGUUUUUCUU